AUGGCCUGGAAUCUCUUCCUUGCCUUCUCGCUCUUCCUCCAAAGAGCUCUGGUUGCUUGGUAUAAUGGAAGGCGGUGCGUCCUGGAGAACUACGUGAGCCCAACGGAUGGGAAGAUGGAAUACAAAUGCGAGACCUCUCAAGUGGCUGUGGAUACCAUGCACGAGCGGAUCGAGACCGAUGCCUGUGGAGUGGAUAGGAAGUCUGUUGGCAUAUCUUCAGAGGCUCUCCUUCAGCCUCGCUUCACUACCGAGCUCUGCUCACCGACAUGUUACCACAACUGCCCCAACAAUGAUGACCUUUACUUCAACUUGGCCCUCGGAGAAGGUAAUUCCUGA